AUGGAGAGAUAUGUUGUCGGUGAGAACGAGGAUGAGAACGAUGACUACGAGAUUGGGAACGACUAUGACUACGAGAUUGGGAACGACUAUGACUACGAGAUUGGGAAUGACUACAACUACGAGAUUGGGAACGACUACGACUACGAGGUUGGAAAUGACGAUGGGAACGACGUGAAUGAGAAUGACGAUGUGAACAAUGUGAGUGGGAUCGUUGAUGAGAAUGAUGUGAGUGAGAAUGACGAUAUGAACAACGUGAAUGGGAUCGUUGAUGAGAACGACGUGAGUGAGAACGACAAUGGGAACAACGUGAAUGGGAUCGUUGAUGAGAACGACGGGUGGGAGAGGCGCAAAAGUGCCUGUCAGGUGGUAUUUUCCAAUCAUAUAUAUAUAAUUGGUUAA